AUGGAGGCUUCUAAUAUUUCUCCAUUGCUUUUAGCCUUCUUUCUCCUCUCCCUAUUGCAAACUUCCACCAUUGCCAUUGACAAAAAGUCUUACAUUGUUUAUUUGGGGUCACAAUCCUCCCUUGCUUCAACAAGUUUAUUGGAUUCACGACAGCUAACAGCAUCUCAUUAUAAUUUGUUGGGAUCUCUGUUGGGAAGUAAAAAGAUAGCCGAGGAAUCAAUUUUCUACUCCUAUACUAGAAGUUUCAAUGGUUUUGCAGCAACACUCGAUGAAAAUGUAGCAGCACGUCUUGCGAAAAACCCACAGGUGAUAUCGGUGUUCGAAAACCGGGCAAGAAAAUUGCACACGACACACUCAUGGAACUUUCUUGGGAUGGAGAAUGCACAAGGAGUUCCUCCUCCAAACUCUAUUUGGAACGCUGCAAAGUUUGGUCAAGAUAUAAUUGUAGCCAACAUCGACACAGGUGUUUGGCCGGAAUCAAAGAGUUUUAGUGACGAAGGGUUUGGACCUAUCCCAUCAAGGUGGAAGGGCACGUGUCAAACCUACCUCAACUUCCAUUGCAAUAGGAAGCUUAUUGGAGGAAGGUAUUUCUACAAAGGAUACGAAGCCGCUGGAGCUAAACUGAGUCCGAGUUCACUCACCGUACGUGACCACGACGGCCAUGGAACCCACACGCUCGCCACCGCCGCCGGCAACUUCGUCCCCGGAGCCAACGUUUUUGGCCAAGGCAACGGCACGGCAAAAGGGGGCGCCCCCAGAGCCCGCGUUGCCGCCUACAAGGUCUGCUGGCCUCCAUUACCCGAAGGAGAGUGCUUCGAUGCCGACACCCUCGCCGGUUUCGAAGCCGCCAUCGCUGACGGAGUUGACGUCAUCUCAACUUCCCUCGGUGGAAGCGUCCGAGACUUCGCCGACGAUCCCCUCGCCAUCGCCGCCUUCCACGCCAUGCAACAAGGCAUCGUCACCGUCUUCUCCGCGGGCAACGACGGCCCUAAUCCGGGGAGCGUCUCCAACGUCGCGCCCUGGAAGUUCACCGUCGCAGCCAGCACCAUCGACAGAGAUUUCGCCAGUUACAUUGCCCUUGGAAACAAGAAACGCAUCAAGGGCGCCAGCCUUGCUUCGGUUGCUCCAUUACCUAAAAAGUUCUAUCCAUUGAUCGAUUCCGUGGCCGGAAGAAUAAUUUCCAGGAAUGUCACCGAUUACCGUGCUCAAUUCUGCGGCGAGGGAACGCAAGAUCCGGCCAAGGUGAAGGGGAAGAUCUUGGUUUGCCUUGAAGGGGAGAUUGUAGGGUUCGAAAAGGGUAUUGAGGCAAUGCGAGUAGGUGCGGCGGGGCUGAUUGUGGUUAACGAUAAGGAUUCUGGGGACGACAUUUUUCCUGAGUUGCACUUCCUUCCAGCUUCGGAUGUAAAAUACAGCGAUCGCCAAGUGCUCACCCAAUACAUGGAUUCCACCAGGAACCCAGUGGGUCAUUUAAUGAAGGUGAGGACAGAGCUGGGGAUUAAACCAGCUCCAGUCAUGGCUUUAUUCUCAUCCAGAGGCCCCAACGCAAUAGAGAAGUCUAUCCUCAAGCCUGACAUUACUGCACCGGGUGUGAACAUACUCGCCGCUUACUCCUCCGGGAAUGCCCCGACCACUUCCCGCUACGACCGACGGCGCAUCCCGUUUAGUGUAAUCUCUGGCACCUCCAUGUCCUGCCCUCAUAUCUCCGGUAUUGCCGCCCUUCUCAAGAGCAUUCAUCCCCAGUGGAGCCCUGCUGCCAUCAAAUCUGCUAUUAUGACUACUGCCAAAACGAGAGACAACAACUUGGGUUCGAUCCUCGACUUGACCAAAGUCAAAGCUACCCCAUUUGCUUAUGGCGCGGGACAUGUACACCCUAACGAUGCAAUGGACCCCGGCCUUGUUUAUGAUACCACCGUCAAAGACUACUUGAACUUCUUGUGCGCUCGAGGCUACACUGCAAAGCAAAUCAGAAGAUUCUAUGCAAAGUCAUAUGUUUGUGACAGAUCAUUCAAACUCACAGAUCUCAACUACCCAUCGAUCUCGGUUUCGAAUCUGACAAUGGGUCCGGUGACAGUCAAUAGAAGAGUUAAGAAUGUGGGAAGUCUAGGCACGUAUGUGGCACGGGUGAAGGUGCACCCAGAAGUGUCGAUUAGUGUCGAACCGAGUACGCUGCAGUUCAGUAGUGUGGGGGAAGAGAAGGCUUUCAAGGUUGUAUUUCAGUACAAAGGAAAAGGGAAACGGGAAGGCUCUAUGUUCGGGACAUUGAUAUGGUCUGAUGGGAAGCAUUUUGUCAGAAGUCCCAUAGUAAUGAAUUUGGAAGAAUGAUUUUUAUGUAAAUUCUAUUGUGAAACCAUAUGGUGGAUGACAUUAAAAUUUAUUUGUACUAUGCAAUAUGGGAAAAAAAAUACUAUUUUGGGCCCGUA